GCUGCUGACUGCGUGCGUGCGUGCGCUGAUUAUGAGGUGGUGGGAUAAGGUAUGCGAUGAUGAGUGUGGAGGAUUUGGGGAAGAAGUUGUUGGGGGAAAUUGAGGAGGUGGGAUUGGAUGAGAUUCUGAGCGAUCUACGGUUCCAACAAGCUGCUGAUUCGACGUGUCAUUUUGGUCUUGCCCAGAUGGACACUUUGAUUCGUGGUGUAAUGGAUACACAUGCCGGCCCUGCGAAGAGACAACAAGUUCCGGCACCCAUGGUGGAGCUCAUGUCACAAUAUCCAGGAGGCGGCAAGACACAUUUGCUAUACCAUCUGACUGCACUAGCAGUGCUACCCACGAGCUUAGGAGGACGACAAGCUGCAGUCCUGUACUUCGACACUGACAGACAUUUCUCCGUGCCUCGACUCGCUCAACAGAUUCAACGUCUGGCGCUCGCACACGGCGGAGAGCCAUUCAACAAAACGGAAACCAAGAACAUGAUACGAGAAUGCCUCAAACAUGUCCAUAUCUUCAAGCCCUCUUCCCUGGCAAAUACAGUCCAUACCCUCAACAACAUCGCUAAAUACCUCUUCAACCCUCUCAGACACCACUCGUUCGACCGCGCCAUAGCUUUCAUCGCCAUAGAUUCCGCUUCAGCGUUCUACUGGCAAGCUCGCCUCGAAUCCGACCAGGCGAAUCUUGCGUCCUUUACUAUUGCGAGCAAGAAAACCGCUGCCGAAGAGCAUCAUCCUCCUCCUCCUAUCGGCUAUAAUGAUCUCGCAUCUGCUCUCAAAUCAGCUUCACGUACUCUCUCCACGCCUGUAAUUUACACAGCGCGCGACUACAACCCCCCUCAGCUGUCUAGACAACAAGUACAACAACAUCAAUCCUCAGCAUUCAGCAGUCAUCUCAAUGCUUUUUCGUACCGGCCCUGUCUUCCUUCGCCUUUUCACUCCCUACCUACUUUGAGGUUUGUGAUUCGGAGAGCGGAUGUGAGAAAGUUGCCGGCGGGGAUUAGUUUCGAAGAGGCAGCGAGGGAGAACGCGAUUAGAAAAGAGGUUGUGGCAUUGGGCAAGUUUGAGUGUUUUGUGAAUGAGUGGGGGGUCGAUGAGAAGGUCAUGGAGAAGUUGAGGGCAAGAGGAGCCAUGUUUGAGGUCUUCAUUACAGGCGAGGGGGUGAAGAUUGGUGACGGGCCGGAGUGA